AUGACUCAAAUCAUGAAUCAGCUGAUAAAUAUCACAGCCAAAUUGUUCCCUCACCCAGUAACGAUAUAUCUAAUGGCCCCAGCCAAUCAGGCAGCAUGGUUCCCGGGCCCAGACAAAAGCCGUCUGGAGGUGAAGCCGGCGCCAUACACCAGCCCCGAUGCUGGGCAGAUGGUUGUCAAGAGUGGUGCUGUCGCUGUUAACCCGAUUGACUGGGCGAAGCAGUUCGUGGGUUACAAGAAAUGGAAAUGGAUGACGAACCCCUGGAUUCUUGGCGAGGACGUCGCAGGCGAAAUUGUCGAGAUAGGCGAAGGGGUAACUCGGUUCAAAGUCGGCGACCGGGUAAUUUCACACGCAGUCGGCUUCUAUGUCUUUGGCAACCGACCGGAGGAAGGCACUUUCCAGCUAUACACAAUCGUGCGCGAGAAUAUGACGGCACCGAUUCCUGAUUCGCUUUCUUUCGAGAGGGCCUGUGUCAUUCCACUGGCAUGUUCUGCGGCAUCAUGCGCGCUGUAUCAGAAGACAUACCUGGAGUUGCCAUACCCCACAUUCCCGCCGGCCCCUUUGAAUGGGCAAUAUAUUCUCAUCACCGGUGGGGCAACGUCGGUUGGUUGCAACGCAAUCCAACUUGCGCGGGCUAGUGGGUACAAUGUUGUCACCACUUGCUCACCAAAAAAUUUCCCUCUGGUCAAAGGGCUGGGGGCGUUGUAUGCUUUCGAUUACAACAGCCCUGGCUUGGAAGAAGAUAUCGUUGCAGUACUGAGGGAUGUGGAGGUCGUUGGCGCUUUCGCGAUCGGGCCCGGAUCCGUUGAGCUAUCCAUCGAGGUAUUGAGUCAGCUUGGAGACUCGUGUCAGAAGAUCGUCGCGAAGGCUAGCUUCCCUUGGCCGAAGGAUGAUCCCAAAAACGACGAUGAGUAUUGGGAAUAUAUGAAGUGGGUUGAUGGUUGGAAUGAUAAAAUCAGUGAGUUGGAAAAUCAACAUGGGAUCCAGACGAGAUUCGUUGAAGGCGCUGAGCUUGGCCGCAAUGAGCUAGGUAAGAUAAUAUAUGAGAACUUCCUACCUGGGGCUUUGGCUGGAGGGGGCUACACUGCCGCGCCGGAGCCCCAGGUUAUUGGAAAUGGGCUUGAAUACAUUCAAGAAGCACUGGAUGUUCACAAGAAUGGAGUGAGCGCCAGGAAGGUUGUUGUUUCAUUGUAA